AUGCCGUUUCCGAUUAUGCUCAAUAUCAACAACCAGGUGAGCACUCACCAGUACAAAUACACGUUCUCACGCCCUGUCGAUCUCUCUAAGUUCAAGGUCGCGCUCGGUAGCGUGACAUCGGAUAUCAAUAAUUAUUUGCAAUAUUGGUCAAUCCAAAACAAUCUAUAUUACAUCAAUAAUACCACUGGUCAGUACAAGUACUUUAUCAGCUGCGCUGAAAACCCAUCUGCAUACGCUCUGCAAUUCACGAUGUCGCCGUAUGUAGCGCAGGCUGGAUAUACGGCCGCGAAUGGUGCAUUGGCUGUGAGCACGAGUGGAUACACUCCGCAGAUCCAGAUCAUUGACUCGGGAUCGAACUCGUUCGGAUCGAUUGUAGGACUGAGCCAGGCUACGUAUCCUCCCGCACAACAGGCGAUUCUAUACAGCGUCUCGAGUAAUCUAGUGCCUCAAAUCGACCAUGUCGCGUCUGUCAUUGUAGGAGUGAGCAAUCUGGCGAAUCCUCUGGCAAAUAACAACCAAGUACUACACUCUUUCACAAGCGCCGGCGUUGAUUUCGGCGGCCUUAUCACAACUUCUCAGGGGCAAGGCAUUGCAUUCACUCCUGUGCAGGGUACGACGAACGAGCUACUCGUAAGCUUCUACUCCCAAGAUAUGCUUCCUCUUCAGAUUACGGACCCCAAUCUGUGUAUCAGACUGCUCUGUGAAAGCAAGUGA